GUGGGCAGAGGAGGAGGAAGGGGCCAUGGGAGCAGAGGAGGUGGCUCCUGCCUCGGUGAGGGCUCUGAGGGUCCUUGCCUGAGGAGGCAGAGGAUCUGGGUGUGGGGCGGUGCUCUGGAAUGCAGCCCCCUUCACUGCUGCUGCUGCUGCUGCUGCUGUGUCACUCAGUCGUCAAGACCAGAGUGCUUCGGUGUGGGGACUUCCCAGAACCCUGUGCCAACGGAGGCACCUGCCUGAGCCUAUCUCAGGGACAAGGGAGCUGCCAGUGUGCCCCUGGCUUCCUGGGUGAGACAUGCCAGUUUCCUGACCCCUGCCAGGAUGGCCAGCUCUGCCAGAAUGGGGGCAGCUGCCAAGCUCUGCUUCCCGCCCUCCCAGGCUCCCCCAGCCUUCCCUCUCCCUUGGCCCCCAGCUUCUCCUGCACCUGCCCCUCUGGCUUCACUGGCCAGAGGUGCCAGGCCCAACUCAAGGACCCCUGUUCUUCCUUCUGUUCCAAAAUGGGCCGCUGCCAUAUCCAGGCCUCAGGCCGCCCACGAUGUUCCUGUCUGCCUGGAUGGACAGGUGAGCAGUGCCAGCUUCGGGACUUCUGCUCAGCCAAUCCCUGCGUCAAUGGAGGGGUGUGUCUGGCCACAUACCCCCAGAUCCAGUGCCGCUGCCCACCUGGCUUCGAGGGUCAUGCCUGCGAACAUGAUAUCAAUGAGUGUUUCCUGGACCCAGGGCCCUGCCCCAAAGGCACUUCCUGCCAUAACACCUUGGGAUCUUUCUGGUGUCACUGCCCCACUGGGCAGGAGGGUCCACGCUGUGAGCUCCAGCCAGGACCCUGCCCCCCUACGGGCUGUCCCAAUGGGGGCACCUGUCACCUGGUUCCAGGGAGAGACUCCACCCUCCACCUCUGCCUCUGCCCCCAAGGUUUCAGAAGCCCGAGCUGUGAGGUGAAUCCAGAUGACUGUGCUGGGCACCAGUGUCAGAGGGGCACUUGCCUGGAUGGGCUGAGCACCUACACGUGCCUCUGCCCAGAGGCCUGGACAGGCUGGGAUUGCUCCGAAGAUGUGGAUGAAUGUGAGGCUCAGGGUCCCCCUCGCUGCCUAAAUGGGGGUACCUGCCAGAACUCAGCUGGCAACUUCCAUUGUGUGUGUGUGAGCGGCUGGGGAGGCACAGGCUGUGAAGAGAACCUAGACGACUGUGUUGCUGCCACCUGUGCCCCGGGAUCCACCUGCAUCGAUCGUGUGGGCUCCUUCUCCUGCCUUUGCCCACCUGGCCGCACAGGACUCCUGUGCCACAUGGAGGACAUGUGCCUGAGCCAGCCAUGCCACGGGGAAGCCCAGUGCAGCACCAGUCCCCUGACAGGCUCUCCACUCUGCCUGUGUCAGCCUGGCUACUCGGGGCCCACCUGCCACCAGGACCUGGACGAGUGUCAGAUGGCCCAGCAAGGCCCCAGUCCCUGUGAACACGGCGGCUCUUGCCUCAACACCCCUGGCUCCUUUGACUGCCUCUGUCCCCCUGGCUACACGGGCUCCCGCUGCGAGGCUGAUCACAAUGAGUGCCUGUCCCAGCCCUGCCAUCUAGGCAGCACCUGCCUGGACCUGCUUGCCACCUUCCACUGCCUCUGCCCACCAGGCUUAGAAGGGCAGCUCUGUGAGGUGGAGACAGACGAGUGUGCCUCUGCUCCUUGCCUGAACCAGGCUGACUGCCAGGACCUCCUCAACGGCUUCCUGUGUGUCUGCCUGCCUGGAUUCACUGGCUCCCGGUGUGAGGAGGACAUCGAUGAGUGUGGAAGCUCCUGUGCCAAUGAUGGGCAGUGCCAGGACCAGCCUGGAUCAUUCCAUUGUGAGGGUCUUCCAGGCUUUGAAGGCCCUCACUGUCAGGCCGAGGUGGAUGAGUGUCUGAGUGGCCCAUGCCCCACUGGAGCAAGCUGCCUGGAUCUCCCAGGAGCCUUCUUUUGCCUCUGCCCCUCUGGCUUCACAGGUCAUCUCUGUGAGGUUCCCCUGUGUGCCCCCAACCUGUGCCAGCCCAAGCAAAAAUGCCAAGAUCAGGAAGACAAGGCCCACUGCCUCUGCCCUGAUGGAAGCCCUGGCUGUGCCCCCGUUGAGGACAACUGCACCUGCCACCACGGACACUGCCAGAGAUCCUCAUGUGUGUGUGAUGUGGGAUGGACAGGACCAGAAUGUGAAGCAGAGUUAGGGGGCUGCAUCUCCACACCCUGUGCGCAUGGGGGGACCUGCCACCCCCAGGCCUCGGGCUACAACUGUACCUGCCCCACAGGCUACACAGGCCCCACCUGCAGCGAGGAGCUAGCGGCUUGUCACUCAGGGCCCUGUCUCAACGGUGGCUCCUGUAGCCCCAGCCCUGGGGGCUAUUCCUGCACCUGCCCUCGGAGCCACACUGGGCCCCGCUGCCAGACAAGCACUGACCACUGUGCCUCUGCCCCGUGCCUCAAUGGAGGUACCUGUGUGAACAGGCCUGGCACCUCCUCCUGCCUCUGUGCUGCGGACUUUCAAGGCCCACGCUGUAAGGGAAGGACCCGUCCUAGCUGUGCAGACAAGCACAGAAGUUUCUUCCCUGUGCCAGAAUGGAGGUCUCUGCAUCGACAGUGGCUCCUCCUAUUUCUGCCACUGCCCCCCUGGAUUCCAAGGCAGCAUAUGUCAGGACAGGGUGAACCCAUGUGAGUCCAGGCCCUGCCAACAUGGGGCCACGUGCAUGGCCCAGCCCACUGGGUAUCUCUGCCAGGUAAGCCGGUCUAGAGGAGAGCAGUAGGGGAGACAAGCGUGGGUGGAUGUGGGAAAAGCAGUUGAGGGGGCGUGUAGUGAUGUAUUCAUUUCCCUUUCCUUUACCCACAUACCCAACCAGCCACCAAGUCAUGCCAUUUUGCCUCUUAAAUCUUUCUCAAUUCUGUCCUUCCUCCUUCACCCUUUGUCCCACUGCCUCAGUCUAGGCCUUUGCUGCCUUCCACCCGGACACAUGGAGCACCCUCCUAUCGUCCCUGCCUCCCCACUUGUCCACCUAUAGGCUCAACCUUUACUCCACUACCAGGGUGCUCUGUUGAAAACGUUAAGCUGACCUGUCACUCCCCUGCUUAAAACCCUUCAGUGGCUGCCCACCUCUUUUAAAAAAAAAAAAAAAAUUUUUUUAAUGUUUAUUUUU